GACUCAGUGGGUUUUUCUUAAGAGGAAAACAUUCUUAAUUUGAUUGAGCGCGUGGAAUAGCGGUGUGCGAGAUAAUUGAAGCGUUAAUACUGACUUACUUUUGGGAGAAAUUUCAAUCAAUUAUCAUGUCGACACGUGUCAAUAAAGUGAAAUGCAAUAUGCAUUGUUUGUGGAUAAUUGUGCUAAUACACUUGCACUUCAUAUCCGGGAAAAGUAUAAGUGAAUCUUGCUGGCAUCAGAAUGGCGAAGUUGUCAAGUGCAGAUGCAUAGGCAAUGAGGAAUUGACCCUGCCUGAAACCUUCAAUUACGAAAAUCUGACCCAUCUGGCAAUCUCAUCGUGCGUCUCAGUGAAUCUAGAAUUCGACAGUCUCCAGCAUGCACAACACAUCCGUGACAUCACGGUGGAAAAUAUCACCGGAAGUUUGUUAUUCCAUCCUAUACUAAUAUCCAAGUACAUGGGCACAUUCGAGAUAAAGAAUGUCGGGCGCAUACCGUUGAUUGGUCAUCACAUGUUUACGAGUAUCAUGAGCAUCGAGACAUUUAAAAUCGAAAACACAAGGAUUGAAAAUUUCGACGAGACGUUUCAAGGCAUCAACAUAACAAAUUUAAUCUUCCGAAAUGUCACGAUGGAUGCAACAGUGGGGAUUAAUUUCUUAGUCAAUGCAAAGUCACUGAAGAUCAUUGACACGGUGAUACGAAAUGUCACCGGUAACUUCAACAUUGGGAGUUUCGAAUCCAUUGAACUUGUGAAUUCAAUGUUUGAGUUCCGAAUGCCAGGGGAAAUGUCACUCCAUGGGAACACAGCGAAAAUUAAUAACUGCACCUUUUAUAACAUCACUGUAAUUAUUGUUGCCAAGAGAAACAUUGAGAUGAGGAAUAAUUGCGCGGAUGGAAAGAGUUUGUUGAGGCUUGAUUCUAGAUUAAUCAACAGCUUCGGUAACAGGUCUCCAAAUGAGAUAACUUUCCCGAAGAGCAAUAUUACGGAGAUCCAGGCUUAUAAUAACACUGUCUGCAUCGCUGCUAGUUGCAAAUGCCCGAGAAGUUUUCAUCGAAGUUGUCAGAGUAUCCUGAAUGUCAAUGUUUCUCUUGGAAUUAUUUUAAUACUUAUUUCGUACCUCUUGUAAGGAACAGAGGGAUUUAAUUUCUCGAGAUAACAAGUCGGUGAUUGCUUCCAUUUGAGUCCGGUAUAAGUUCUUUUGCUCAUAAAUUAACAAGUUGUUUCUGUUUAACGAUUUCAAAAAUUAGAUUCAGGAUUCAUUUUUAUUCUCAAUCUCAUGAAAAUGAGGAAUCGCGGACGUUCUGUUACAGAUCGAAUUAAGAGACAUGUUGAUGGAUCGUAUUUCUUAAAUUUUGCAUAAUAUUGGACGGAUUCAACUUAAUUAUCCCGCUUCAUCUGGUGACAAUCGAAUUAUUGUUUGAAUUAAAUGGAAAAACUGAAGUUUAGGUGUUCUCUUAAAUCUCUUAUUCUGUUCUUGGUGACCUUUUCAUUCAUGCCUCAGUUUUUUAUUGCGCUCAGGGCUACGAAUCAAGAAUUAGUAGUACUAUCACUACCAUCUUUCAUUAUUCUAAGCAUUAUUCUGAGCUACGAUUGAAUUGAUUCCUACAACUAUUUUCCGAAUUGUCGUCAAAAAUUCAAAUUUUGAAAAAUGUUGAUAUACUGAAAGCUGUAGUAUCGAUGGGGUUCUCUUGAUACCAAAUCAUAGAGCUUAUUAAAGCCUGCACUCUGGAUAAAAAUUAAACAUUAAAAUUGGUAAUCGAGAAAAUUGGAAAGAAAUCUCUCGACCACGUUGAAGACGGUAGCAAUAAUGGAAGAAAAUUUGUGAAUUACCUUUUGUAAAAUGCGAACCGAUCUACGUCGUAGUUUCGUUCCAAAGUCCAGAUGAUUCCAUGUGGAGUUCAACACCGUUAACAUGAAGUGCCAACUCCUGCCUUAAAUCAUUAAUUUCCUGCAUCAUUAAACUGUUAUUUUCCUCCAAACGAUUUAUCGUCUGCUGAUAGAGGCGAAUUUUCUUCUCUUGCUCGGUCUGAAGACUUGUGGACGAGAGUUUAGUCCUCGGUACAUACGUUCCUAGAUAAUUUUCUUUUUAUUACGACGGGAAGAUUCACAAAUUAAUAGCUGAGCGGGAGAUACUCACCGACAGUCUUCUGCAAUUGAUCACGAAGUUUAUUUCCACUCUGCUGAAUCCUACGUAUCUCAUGAGCAUGUUGGUCCUCCUUUGACUGCAUCUGCUUCUUCAACUUCAGCGUCUACAGCAAAAUUAUUAAAUUAUAUUUUAUGAAAGAUGUAGAGGUAUUUUAAAACAGAAAUUGCUUACCUCUUCCUUUUCACGUUUAACUUCUCGGCUUAAAUUAUUGACUUUAACUUUUAGCUGACGUUCUCUCUCCUGCACUUCGUUUAAAUUACUAUCUUUCUUCUGAAUCACCUCUUUCAGCCUUUUUAUUUGAUUCUAAUUGGACAGAAAAUUCAUAUUUCCAUAACUUUUAUAACUGAAGAAUUGUAUUUAAUUGUAAAGUGUAUUCAUAAUUAGGUUAUUGCAUGAAAUUUUUCUAUUCAAUAAACCAACGAAACACGAAUUUAUUUCGACAAAUCAAAAAGUUACGCCCAAUUUAAGAAUUUCUUCUGCAUUAUGUUUACAGCCACAUAUGGUUUAUUCAUUUAUCAUUAUUCAUUAGAAUAGAAAAAGAUACGUCUGAUAUUUGUCAUCUAAUUUUCAUUCCCACAAUAAAAAAGUUUUAUGAACAACCUCAA